AUGAGCCGAGAAGCAGAGAAGAAGGUGCCAGAACAACUGUCUGGCAAGCAACUAUCGAUUUUUGGAAACUUAGUCGAUGUUUCAAAUGUUGUCGAUUUUAUUAAACUAAACCCUCACAAGGCCAUUAUGUCGUGCGAGCCGAUGCGGUUGAGAACGAUCGUAAGUGUGAUUAAAAAGUAUGCAACCGAGGCUGGAGUCGACCUUAAAAGUUACUUUCCUGAAAGUUUGUUGGUAUAUUUUAAUUAUGAUUUAAAUGGCGAUGCUCACUACCUACUGGAGCUGUUGUCAGAAAUGUGGCAAGAGCGCCAAAAUUACCGUCUCAAACUUUGGAAUAAAGUCUUCACCAUACCGGAAAUAAUAGUGGUUUUAACAGCAAAAGAACACAAUUUUAUGGAAGAAUUCGAUGAAGAUCACAGGCACACGAUGUCGGAAUUUGUACAUGAGGUUAUAGAAAAUAUUGUGAUUCUCGACGAGUUUCUAGCGCAGAGAAUUUAUAACGAAAGUUCAAGUAAAACGCCGGAUAAGUGGAUAGAUCAUCAAAUUACAUUUCUUGAUAAUCAAAUCAGCAUAUCAGAUCUCGUGAAGCUAAUUAGAACCAAUCCUGAUAAAAAAGUAAUUGAUUACAACGGUAAACGAAUAAGGUUACGAAUAAUUGCCCAGCUGAUUGAAAAAUAUGCCUUGGAAGGUGAAAUUUCAAAGGAAGACUUGAAUAAAUAUCUUCCCGAAACUGCACUACAAUAUUUAAGUUAUGAUAAAAACGGCGAUUGUGAAUACGUUUUAGGUUUGUUGAAAGAAAUGGCACAUGAAGACGAUGGUUAUACUCUUGUUAUCGACGGUAAACAAUUUUCCAUAAAAGAUAUCCAAUGGAUAAUAUGGAGUAAAGAUCCCAACGACACCGUACAAAUUAAUGAACACUUCUUCAAGAUGGACGUUUUCUUGAGACUUGUAAUGGAAGCAAUUCAGUUAAUUGACGGUAAUAAAACCAAUACAUUACAUAAUGCUUAUAAAAAUAUAUCGCCUGAAAAUUGGAUGAACCAAAAAGUUUCCAUGUUUGGAAAUCAAAUCAGCAUCUCAAAUCUGAUGGAUAUAAUCACAAAAAAUCCAAACAAAAAGGUUUUAAAAUGCAAACCUAUAAGAAAACGCAUCAUAGUGAGGUUAAUCAAGAAAUAUGCCUCGGUGGUUGGGGUGUCAGACGAAGACCUAAACAAUUAUCUGGAUUCAGAUGUAUCUGGAAGUAUUACAGACAAUCUAACAUAUGACACAGAUGGCGAUUGUAACUACGUUUUAAAGUUGCUCGAAGACAUGUCGAGAGAUAAACACACUUACACUUUCGUACUUGGCGGUCAAAAGUUUUCCAUACCACAACUGCUGGAUGUUCUAUCACGCAAUGAUGAUAUUAUAGAAAUAAAUGGACGUCAAAUUAAAAUGGAAUUUUUCCUAAAAUCUAUCAUAAAAGUAAUUAAAAGCAUUGAUGAUAACCAAGUGGAAAAACUUUAUAUUGAGACAAAAAAAAUUGAACAGGCGAAAUGGGUCGAAAAAGAAAUUUCUUGCAAAGGAAAAACAAUACGCAUCGCAGAUCUCAUCGACUUACUGGAAAAAAAUUCCGAUAAAAAAGUAAUCCAGUUUAACAAUCAAAGCAUAAGACACAGAGUCAUCGCAAAACUAAUCACACGCUACGCCUUAGAAGCUGGAAUACCAAAGACAGAAUUCAUACAUUACCUACCCGAGUGCGUGAUGAAAUGGCUUAUUUACGAUUUAAGUGGCGUUAUGAAGAUGCUAAGGGAAAUGACAUAUGACAACCAUAGGUACAUCUUCAAUGUUGACGACCAACAGUUUAGUAUAAAAGACCUCCAAUACACUAUGUGGAUUUAUGAUGGUGACUAUGUGGAAAUAAACGGUAAGGCGGUUAAAAAAGACGACAUUUUAAAAAAGAUUAUGCAUUGCAUUAAAGAAAUCGACGAUAGUCAGGUGGAAAAACUGUACAGCGAAGAAACUACGCACACUGAGCCUCAAGAAGAUAAAAUGGAUACAAAGUUAAUAGAAGAAAAUCAGGUUAAUAAGCCCGUUGUGCAAGACAGGAAACCUAUACAAGAAGUGUCGCCAAACUCAUUAAAAAUAAAUUUGAUAUCCCUCUUGGCAGGGGCUUCCUUCUCGUGGACCUCCCCUAUGCUGCCCAAACUAACAAAUGUCAAAGGCCCUGAGGAGAAUCCUUUGGGCCGCCCGGCCACGACAUUUGAGUGCUCCUGGAUUACUUCGUUUAAUGCUUUGGCCGCCGCCUUCGGCCCUUUUAUAUCUGCCUAUUUAUCGGAAAAGUGCGGCCGAAAAAAGGCCCUGCUACUUUUUGCAGCGCCCUUAAUUGCUUCCAACUUCAUAUUCGCCUUCGCCAAUCAAGUCUACAUGUUCUACAUCGGAAGAAUAUUAAUGGGCAUUGGAACGGGUGGAGUUUUUUCCUUGGUGCCCAACUUUGUCGGAGAAAUAAGCGAAGAUAAGAAUCGCGGUUCGAUGGGCUGCUAUUUCGGCGUUUCAAUCGCCAUAGGAACCCUGUUUCCCUACUUGCUGGGCCCGUUUGUGUCUAUAGCGACUUACAGCUCUAUAAGUUCCUUGCCUAUAUUUCUGUUUAUAUUUUUCUUCGGCUUGUUUGUGCCCGAGACGCCUUACUACUUAAUCUCCAUCGGGAACGAUAAGUUGGCCGAGGAGUCUUUGAUGAAGUUCAGAAAUAAAUGUGCAAGCGAUGUUCAGAAGGAGUUGCUCUACAUCAAAAAAAGCGUGGAAGAUUCCAACGCAAACAAGUGCAACCUAAAAGACCUCAUAGUGGUGACCGGUUUAAGAAAAGGCUUCAUCAUCGGUUGCAUGCUGAUGGUUUUCCAGCAAUUUUGCGGUAUUGCCGCAGUUCUGGGUUACAUGGAGGACAUUUUCCAGGCCACUGGAAGCAGCAUAUCCGCCGAAUACUCCGCCAUAAUAAUCGGAAGUGUGCAGAUUCUCACAAACCUAGUUACAUCCUCGUUAAUCGACAGAUUGGGCCGAAAAUACCUGCUGGGGUUGUCAGCUUUGGGAUGCAGCUUAUCUUUAUCAGCACUGGGCGUUUAUUUCUUCUUAAAAACGUCCGACUUUGCUGUAAGCAGUGUUUUCUGGUUGCCCAUUUUAAGUUUGAUUGUUUUCAUGGUUUGCUACAAUUUGGGCUUCGGGCCCAUACCGUGGACCGUAAUGGCAGAGAUAUUUCCUUCGAACGCAAAAUCGCUUGCAACAAGUUUGGAAUGGCAGGGUCUUUUUGUUGUUUUGCUAUUUGUUGUGUUUUUGGAUUUAUUUUUGUUUUGUUCGUCGUGCCAGAGACGAAAGGUAGAAGUCUACAAGAAAUACAAUGCAUAUUGA